AUCUACUUCCAAUGCUCUUACAGAGUUUAUCACUCGGUUUGAGAGAAAGAAAAUGGAUUACUUGAAUCUUUUCCUGGUAAUUGUGCUCUCAUGCAUAUUUAUCAAAUUGGUCAUCAAUUCAGUUGCAAAAAGAAAUCUCCCACCAGGUCCAUAUCCACUACCUAUCAUCGGAAAUCUUCUCCAACUCGGCAGAAAACCUCACGAGUCACUGACUCAACUCGCCAAAGUUCAUGGUCCGUUGAUGUCACUAAAACUCGGUUCUUUAACGACAAUAGUCAUUUCUUCUCCUACAAUAGCCAAAGAAGUUCUUCAAAAGCAUGAUCAAUCUUUUUCUAGUCGAAUCCUUUUGGAUGCAGUUACAAUGGUCGAUGACCAUAAAUACUCAAUGAUAUGGUUACCUGCUUCACCUCAAUGGAGAGCUCUUAGAAAAUUGACAAAUUCACAUCUUUUCACUACUCAGAAGCUUGAUUCAAAUCAGAACCUAAGACAGCAAAAGUUAGAUGAGCUUGUUUCUUACGUGGGUCGAAAUGCAAGUUCGGGUUCUGCUGUUGACAUUGGUCAAGCUGCUUUUACUACUGUUCUUAAUUUGAUGUCGAAUAGUUUCCUUUCUAUCGAUUUAGCGGAUUAUAGUUCAGAUUCUGGUUCUACUUUUAAGAAUACUAUUAGAGCAAUUAUGUGGGAAGCCGGAAAACCAAAUGUUUCGGAUUAUUUCCCUGUUCUAAGAUUUUUGGAUUUGCAAGGUAUUAGACGCCGUACGGGAAAUUACAUUCGAAUACUGGAUGAGAUUUUCAACAAGAUUAUAGAUCAAAAAUUGUUGGCAUUACAGUCUGGAGAAGGAAACAGUAGUGACUUGCUUGAUGUGAUUCUUGAUCCAUCCAAUGAAAACGGAAUCCAGCUUCAACGUCACGAAAUAAAUACUCUACUUAAGGACUUCUUCGCAGCCGGGACAGAUACUAGCUCAUCCACUGUGGAAUGGGCGAUGGCGGAAUUACUUCACAACCCGUCUAAGAUGACAAAGGCUCAACAGGAGAUUUCAACCAUUAUAGGCAAAGACCGACUAAUCAAAGAGACCGAUAUCGUCCGACUCCCUUACUUGCAAGCAAUCGUGAAAGAGACGUUACGGCUUCACCCACCAGUUCCAUUCUUGGUCCCGCACAAAGCAGUAGUCGAUGUUAAAAUGCAUAAUUUUCUUGUCCCUCAAGAUGCCCAGGUAAUAGUGAAUGUGUGGGCAAUGGGGCGAGAUCCUACCAUAUGGACGGACCCUAUUAGUUUUAAUCCUGAAAGGUUUUUAGAUUCCAAAGUUGAUUAUAGAGGUCAAGAUUUUGAGUUGAUUCCAUUUGGGUCUGGUCGUCGAAGUUGUCCCGGCUUACCACUAGCACAUCGAAUGGUACAUCUAAUAGUGGGUUUGCUUGUUCAAUCAUUUGACUGGAAACUAGAAAAUGGGAUGAGACCAGAGGAUUUGAACAUGGAAGAAGAACUUGGAUUUACAUUGGCAAAGGCUACUGAUCUUCGAGCAAUUCCUACUGAUAGGCUCUAAUUUCAACUUAUCACUCCAAAUAUGGAAGUUAGUUUCCAAAAUCUAUAAACCUUUCUUUUUCAUCCUUGAAAAUUUGUGUCUAGAAAUUGCAUUGUAAAAUACGAAAUCAGGAAUUAUAUCCCCGCGAGAUUGGGCAUAUCCAGAUUAAUUGGGAUAAUACCGAAUAAGACAAAAUAAGGUCAUAUAUAAAUAAAUUCCAUGGCCCCUUAGCCAUAUAUUUUUGUAA